AUGACAGAGACAGACGAUUAUGAUGAUAUCAGUUUGAAGAUAUUGGUGGUUGGUAAGCUUGCUUGUGGCAAGACAUCAAUCAUUCAAAGAUUCUGUCAUGAUGAGUUCCAACAUAAGUAUAAGCCAACUAUUGGAGUAGACUUCAAUACCAAGGAGAUGGAAGUAAUGAAUACAAAGGUUAUACUACAACUGUGGGAUAUCGCAGGACAAGAGAGGUUUGGCCAUAUGACAAGAGUAUACUUCCAGAAUGCAGAUGGAGCAUUGGUUGUGUUUGACUCGACGAGGAGUGCGACCUUCUACGGUGCCAAAGAAUGGAAGGAUGAUAUAGACGAUUGCUUCACAAAGGCAGCAUUGCCAACUGUACUAUUAGCAAACAAAAGCGAUUUAUUGUCAACACCAAGUUUCCCUGAAGAUAUCGACAAGUUCUGCGAUGAGAACGGCUUCUUGGCUUGGUUCAAGACGUCGGCAAAGGAGGGCACAGGUAUCACUGAGGCUCUGACAGAGCUGGUCACAAUCAUUCUAAAGAAUCAUUUGGAGUCGGUCAAGAAGUCACCGCAGGAGGGUGGCUUUAAGCUUACACCCGAUGAGACACAGGCCACUGAGACAAAGAAGUGUCAGUGUUAG